UUGUAAACCAAGGUUGAAGGGUCCAUUGGACCCCUACAGACUUGAGUCAGUAUGAGACACUUAAACCCCAUCAGUAUCAGUCUGCAUCUUCCCAAGGCGUAGCUAUUAUACGUCCUGCAUUAUCCCUUUUCACAUACAGGCACGCAGUAGUGUUAUUGCAGUCCCUGUCGAAACAUGGAACCUUCAGUCAGCGACUUCAAGCUCGUCGGACUGGCGGCGGGUUUCACACUAGGGUUCGGUUUCCUCACAGUCUGGAAUGCAAUCAAGCAGACUUCAGAAAUUGAGAAGCCCUGGAAGAGCCCGUUCGUCAUCCUUAUUUGGAUUGAAAUCCUGUCUAAUGUGGUAAUCGGGGUAAUGGGAUGGCUUGUGCUGGAGGGAAUUGUACCUGUCAUUGCACCUGUACUGGCACUUCUACUAUUCUGCUGGGCGCUUGAAAUCCAAUGUUGUAUGCAAGUUAUCAUUAACCGCAUCUACAUUGUGGUGGAAAAGAAGAAGACCGCGAGAAGGGUCAAAUGGGGCACUGCUUGCCUCAUAACAGCAAUCAACAUUGCAGUGUUCUGUAUAUGGAUUCCGGCACAUAUGACUCCCCCAGUCAAUCAUACCUUUGUCCUCAUUAAUCGAUACUGGGACCCGAUUUCCAAAUUACUAAUAUGCAUCGUCGAUGCGUGUCUCAACGUUUGGUUCCUGCGCGUUGUGCGUGUGCGACUGGUCCGCCAAAACGGACUAAAAAAAUACGGGCCCUUAGUUCGCUUCAACAUGCGAAUGAUGUUCAUUUCCGUAAUUAUGGACGCUAUGCUCAUUGGACUCAUGUUCCUGCCUAACCCAAUGGUGUACAUCCAGUUCCACCCGGUUACGUACGUGGUGAAGCUCAACAUUGAGUUGAGAAUGGCUUCCCUCAUCCGCAAGCUUGCGCGGGACAGCAACCUGAACAAUGAAAUCCAUGAGGCAUCAAUGAAUCUGCCGAACCGAUUUCACCCACAGGGUCACUACAUCAAGUGCGAUGAUGAGAUGAUGGAAAAGAGGAAUUUGAGGCAUAUGCAGUUUGCCCAGCUACGACACCAGGGGUUCGAGAGCGAGGACAUGAAAAUCCUAAAGACAACCAGUGUUCGGGUUGUAAAAAGCCCGAGACCAUUUGUGCAGGACAAUCUGCCUCCGCUGCCACCUCUGCCCAAGGAUGGGCGAUGAGAGCUAGGUGUUCUAGUGAUUUUUGUUCAUAUUUACAUGUAUUUUAUUCAAUGCACAAUGUAUAUGAUUUAGAUCGUUGUA